AUAGCAAUUGAAAUUGACACUCCUACCCAGAUACCUUUAGUUGAUGAGGCAUCCGGUGAGAAGGAAGAGGUUGUUGUGACUCUGUUACCAGCCGGUCACUGCCCGGGAUCAGUUAUGUUUUUAUUUCAGGGAAGGAAUGGAACUGUCUUAUAUACAGGAGACUUCAGACUGGCGAAAGGAGAAGCUUCCAGAAUGGAGCUUCUGCACUCUGGGGGCAGAGUAAAAGACAUCCAAAGUGUAUAUUUGGACACCACUUUCUGUGACCCAAGGUUUUACCAAAUUCCAAGUCGUGAGGAGUGCUUAAAGGGGAUUUUGGAGCUGGUUCGAAGUUGGGUCACUCGGAGUCCGAACCACGUCGUGUGGCUGAACUGUAAAGCAGCUUACGGCUACGAGUAUUUAUUCACCAACCUGAGUGAGGAGCUAGGAAUCCAGGUACGUGUCCUCAGUGUCCCGGAGGCAAAAAGUGUGGGUUAUGAAGUAAAUAUAACAGUUGGGAUCAGUAUCAAAAGUAAACUUGAACCAGGUGGUAUACGG